AUGGAUUUUUCUCGUCCGUCCCAUGGAAAUGCGCCAAAUCUUCACAGAUCUACACGCGGUCGGUUCAUUCCCUGCAGAUUCGACGUGGGAACUCGUUCUGGGGAGAGCGCCCCGCCCCCGAGUGCCAGCCGAGGGCCCAAACAGGGCACCCCACGGUGCGCCGCGGGCACGGGCGGCGGACCUGAACCGCUUCGGGAAGUCGCCGAGGUCGAUGCAGAGCUACUGCACAUUCAGCGUCGGGGGCACCCUCGCCGUGAACGCCCACGGCAUCACCACGGACCACUGCUUCGCGGAGAGUGCGUCACCAGCUUUCGCCUGGCCAGGCUCGCCCGCGCUGGCGCCGACGCCGGCGGCAGCGGCGGGUGGCCCUCUGCCGUGCGGCCAGAGGUCGUCGCGUGCACCAGGCCUCGGGGCAGCGGCGCUCGGGGCGACUCCGAGGAGCUCUUCCAGCUUGCCCUGGGCGGCUACGGCUGCUUCGGCGUGAUCACUGAGGUGACGAUGCGGGUGCGCGACAACGUCGCCUUGCAGAUGGACUCUUUCAGCGUGGCGCUCCCGGGCGGCGAGGAAAGAGCCUCCGGCGGCGUGAUCCGGUCGGAGGACUUCGAGCAGAUCUAUGGCAGCGUGGUGGCCGCGAGCGCACCGGCACUGAACGACAACGCCGUGGACCGCGUGGAGAUCAAGCUGGCUCGGCUGAACAUCAUCACCCUGUCGAGCAUCUCGGUGUACGUGUUCAGGCCGUCGAGCGUGCCCAUCGCCAGCCCUGGGCUCGGGCUCCAACCCCGGCAACUCAGCACGAAGUCGCGCGUGCUGUACAAGUGGGCCAUGCCCGCGAUGAAGGAGGCGAGGUACGCCAUGGAGGAAGCAAGCGGGGUGGCGCUGGACUGGUCGUCGGACGAUGGGUUGACGCGGAACCAGCUGCUGUACGAGAGCGCUGUUCCGCUGGCGCAGCUGUACGAGCCCCUCUUCCACCGCGACGACACGUUCAUCCUCCAGGAGUUUUUCGUUCCGCACCCGCAGUUCAACGCUUGGCUCAACCUCUCCCGCCCUAUCUACGGCGACCUGAACAAAGAGGACAGUGGCGGACUGAUCUUGCUGAACACGACAAUCCGCUUUGUCCAGCAGGACACCGACACAUACCUCAGGUACAGCCGCAGUCUGGACGGAGUCUACGCUUUCGUCCUGUAUUAUCUGGUCACGGUGCAGUGCGGGGGCACGUUCUACCUGCCCUACCGAAAGUGCUACUCGCACCAGCUGUUCCAGCAGGCGUAUCCGAUGGCAGAGGGAUUCGCUGCGCUGAAGGAGAAGCACGACCCCGCGGGGGUGUUCUCCAACCUGUGGUUCGAGCACUACGUCCUGCCGCUCUGCUCCCCCGGCUACCGCGACCGGUCGGGCGCUGGCGACGUGGUGCUCCGGCGCAGCGGCUCCUACCGGGCGCUGAUGCGCGACGCGGAGCUGCGCGAGCGGUUCCGGGACGAGUUUUUGGUCAAUAUCUUCAGCAUCGCGGACAAGGCGGAGGUCAUGCGGGAGAUCGGGAAGGCGUGCUGGGACCCUCGUAACCUGCAUGACUUCGACAUCUUCUGCGCCCUGCGCAGGCACUUCCAUGGCGCCUGCGCCGGCACCCCAAGCCCGCUCGCGGUGGCCUCCAAAGGUUGGAACGCCAUCCGCCAGCUCACCCACCAGAAGCAGGAGUUCGUCCGCGAGACCGCCUCCAUCGUCGGGAAGCUUGGGAAGUUCGGACGGCUGCACGACCACGUGAGCGUGGGAGACCACGGGAAGACUGUGCCCCGCCUGCGGGACGCGCUGAGCAUGCGAGGAAGGGUGUGGAUCGUGCACGAUCAGGAGCCAGAUCCAGACAGCCUGGCCUGCGUUCUCGAGCGGGGCACCCUCGAUACCAUCGGUGACUUCGUCCACUACGACUACACGAGCCCCUCCUCAAUGGCACUGGGCUUCGGUUCUGCAGCCGUCAUCCCCGACGAGUCCGUAGACUUGGUUACGAUCCACCAGGGCCUGCACCACAUGCCUCUCGACGAGCUGCCGAAGUUCUUGAAGAACGUGGAGCGGAUCUUGCGCCCAGGAGGCCUGUUCCUCGUGCGGGACGAGCAGCGGGAGAUCCGGGCCUUCCGGCCGGUGGCCGAGUGGCGGGAGGUGGUGGAGGGCGCGACCUGCCUGAAGGACUCGAUGCUGUACGAGUGGGAGGCGGGGGAUCCGACCUGGGACGAGAUGCUCUGCUUCUACAGGCCUCCGCUGCACGCCCCCUGCCCCGGAAGUGCGCCGGGGCCGUGCAGGAGGGGGCGCGUGGGAGACCGCGGAGGGUGCGAGGGGCAGCAAGAAGAGCCGCCCAUUCUGCCGCUGCUGCGGACCCUCGCGGGCCAGGCCCCCGCGGCGGCGAAGCGGGAGCUGGAGGGCUUCCUCGACGAGGUCGGCAGCUCGUGGCUGCCGUGCGCCGAGGGCGCGGUCCGAGACCUGCUGCAGGACAAGCUGCCUCGGCUGAUCGCAGAGAACCUCGGGGAGGGCCACCCGGCGGUGGGGAUGCUGCGGGACACCGUGGCUCCGAUGGUGGAGCGGGUCCUGGCGCAGGCGCGCGCCACGGCAUGCAGGCUCUCGGCGAUGCUCGAAAACACGGAGGUCCAGGAAGUCUUCGACUUCAAGGGGCUGCUGGACUUCCCCGAGCUGUUCCUGAUCCUGCCAGCCCUGGACAGGAAGGUCCGCCGGGCGGACGCGGCGGCGAAGGACGUGCCCGGGCCCGAGCGGAUGCUGGUCGAGGUCGUGCGGAGGUACCUGCCGAUCUUCCUGAUCUCCAGCUCGGCAGAGAAGGAGCUGGCCGAGGGCGUAGCUGCCGGCGAGCUGCCCACGAGCACGGCGCCCGCCUGGGCGGAGCCGUCCGGCAGCGACGACGUGACGGGGGAGGAGGUCCGCAGGGAGUUCCGCGACCUCGAGAGGCUGUUCCCGCAGCUCCUAGACCCUGCCACCCUGGCCAACAGCGGGUUCUCCCUCCGCCAGCAGUCCGCCCUGGUGACGCAGUUCGGCGGCGCAGACUUCGACUCCGCUUGCGCGAACCUCGCGUGGUACCUCGAUCGCCAUACGUGGGACGGGAUCAGGAAGAACGCGCGCCUGGCGUGCGAGAGAAGAUCGCUCCCGACGAAGGAGCUGGUGCUGGGGGAGACCCCGGCAGCGAGGCAGCACCCGUGGCACUUCGCCGUGCUCUGGUUCUUGAAGGCACCGAGGGUCACCUUCAGGCCCAAGGCCAAGGUCGGCCUGAGCCUGCUCGGCCUCGGCGAGGUCGUGGCGCUGUGGCAGCGAUGCCAGGAGCAGGCGCAGGCGGAGCGCGGCGGCGGCGCCGAAGGAUCGAGGGCGCCGGCGCGCGCGGUGGACGUGGUGGACGCGUCGCAGGCCCUGCCCUCGGCCCUCUCGGGGGAGCAGCUCGAGGGCCUCGAGGCGUGCACGGCCCAGCUCGAGGGCCACGGCCCGGUCGUGACGGCGACGAUCUCGUUCGCUGGGGCCGGCCCGAACAGGGACCCGAGGAAGAGACGGCACGCACGACCUGUACGACGUGGCGGAGGUGCUCGAGGCCACCUUCGGGUACACCAGCAUCACCAGCCGCCCCACCGACAUCACGCAGGAGCUCCGCUCCCUGCACGGCAGCUGCCAGGCGCACAGCGGCGAGGCCGCGCGGCUCGCGAACGAGCAGCGGCGGGCCGUCGUGCGGGGCAAGGACCGGGGCGGAGGAGUACCAGCAGCUCAACGCGCGCGCGGGGGGCGGCCAGCCGGCCUCGGCAGCACAGAGCCUGGGUGCCGGGCUGCUGCAGGACGACGCGGUGCGCAUGUCGCACAAGAGCGGGUGGCUGCAGCUCAACGAGGAUUGCCUGA